AUGAGCACCCCCGGCCAGUCGCAGGCUCCGCCUGCCACUGCAACACAAAACCCUCCUACGACGGCAGCGAACGGCGCAUCACAACCUCCCACAGAAGCUGCCCAGAAUGGCGCAAACGCCAAGUCAAAGACGCAAAACCAAAAACAGAAACAACCACAGAAGCCGAAAGCGACGGACGCACCUGCUGCCGGCGAUGGAACGGAAAAACUUACACCUGCCGAGAUGAAGAAGAAACAAAAGGCUGAAAAGGCUGCCCGUCGGGCGCGCGAAAAGUUGGAGAGAGAAGGAGGUGCUGCUGCUGCUGGUCCAAGUGGUGCUGGUGGUGCUCAGCAGGCUGCUGCACAGGGAGGUCCGGUACAGACACCUCGAAGGCCUCAACAGGGUGGCAGAGAUGGUCCGGUGUCAACGCCUAGAGGGCCGAAGUAUCCCGGGGGUCCUCGUGCGGCGGCGCCAGCGCCAGCAGAACCGAAGAAGAAAGAGGACAAAAACGUUGCGGUUUUUGGACACUUGUACGGCAUUCCCAGACGCUCGACUAUUGCUGGAGCGGCGAAGGAGGUUCACCCAGCUGUUUUGGCAUUGGGGUUGCAGAUUCGAGACUAUGUUAUUUGCGGUAGCAGCGCACGAUGUGUUGCGACUUUGAUUGCAUUCAAACGGGUCAUUGAAUCGUAUACUACGCCGAUUGGCACCUCUCUCGCUCGCCAUUUGACAACCCACCUUUCUCAUCAAAUCACCUAUCUUUCCACCUGCCGUCCUCUAUCUAUCAGUCAAGGAAAUGCCAUUCGCGCCCUCAAACUGUCCAUUUCUUCCAUUGACCCAUCCGUCCCCGAAGCGACUGCCAAAGCAGAGCUGUGCGAAUUCAUCAACAACUUUAUUCGCGAGAAAAUCACCGUCGCGGAUCAAGUCAUUGCCACCAGUGCAACGCAAAAGAUUCAAGAUGGCGAUGUUAUUGUUACUUUUGCUGGAAGCUCGAUUGUGAAACAGACUUUGAUCACGGCACACAAGCAAGGGAAGAAGUUUAGGGUGUCGAUCAUCGACUCACGGCCUCUGUUUGAAGGCAAGAACCUUGCUCGCGCAUUGUCUAGUGCGGGUCUCGAUGUUCAAUAUUCGCUUAUACACGGCAUAAGUCAUGCUAUGAAAGACGCUACCAAAGUUUUUCUCGGCGCCCAUGCCAUGACUGGUAAUGGACGACUAUACUCCCGCGUUGGCACUGCGUUGGUAGCCAUGUCCGCCAAAGAACGAUCCGGCGGCGCCGAGAUUCCAGUUAUUGUCUGCUGCGAAACAGUCAAAUUCACCGACCGUGUGACCCUCGACAGCAUCGUCGUCAACGAAAUCGCCGACGCUGACGAACUCGUCACGACGCAACCCUUGCAACAAGUCACAGGUCGUCCCGACCCACACAAAACCGUCGACGAGAAACCGGGCAAGAAAGGAGGAAACAACCAAAAUGUCACUGAUGGACUCGCAAGUCUGACUCUAGACCAGAACGCGCCUUCCCCACUGAAUGCGUGGAAGGAUACGCCGAACUUGCAACUUCUCAAUAUCAUGCAUGAUGUUACGCCGGCAGAGUAUGUGGAUAUGGUGGUAACUGAAAUGGGUAGCUUGCCGCCUAGCGCUGUCCCGAUUGUCCAUCGUAUGAGUACCAAUGCUUAG